UACUCAAAAUAAAUCGCACUACCAAUUAAUCCGGUAAAAUAUUUUCCACCGGGAACAAGAAAUUAAAAAUAGAAGAUAAUUAUGCCACAAUCCGUUCCAAACGUGAUGUUUCAAAACGCGGUAGAACCGAUGCAGGUUGAUGCCCCUCCUGAAGACAAUGACAAUAACGAAGAAGAGACCUAUAUUGUUGAAAAUCCAACGUUAGAUUUGGAAGUGUAUGCAAAUAGUUAUGUGGGGUUAGCAAAAUUAUACAGACUCAUUUACAUCAUUGAUCAUUGCCCAUCAUUAAGACUUGAAGCUUUAAAAAUGGCAAUAUCAUAUGUUAUGACAACCUUUAAUGUAACAAUGUAUCAAGUACUUCAUCAAAAAUUAGCUGAGGUAACGAGCACAAAUGCUUUACCCGAUGUUGCGGCCCAAUCUACAUCUCAAGAUAUCCCAGUAAUGGAUACAAUGUGGAUUGAUAAUAAAUCAAAAAAGGCUGCUUUAAAAUUAGAGAAGUUAGACAAUGAUUUAAAGAAUUCGAAAUCAAAUUCAAUUAAAGAAAGCAUCAGAAGAGGUCAUGACGAUUUAGGAGAUCAUUAUUUAGAUUAUGGAGAUUUAUCGAACGCCCUUAAAUGUUAUUCCCGAUCAAGGGAUUAUUGUACGAGUGGAAAACAUGUUGUAAAUAUGUGUUUGAAUGUGAUUAAAGUAUCAGUUUAUUUACAAAAUUGGUCGCAUGUGCUUAGUUAUGUUUCUAAAGCUGAAAAUACACCAGAUUUUUUGGAACCUUCAACAAAAGAUUCCAAUCUAAUGAUUUUGACAAAACUUAAAUGUGCAGCGGGAUUAGCUGAAUUAGCUACAAAAAAAUAUAAAUCGGCCGCAAAACAUUUUUUACAAGCCAAUUUAGAUCAUUGUGAUUUCCACGAAUUGAUGUCCCCAAAUAAUAUCGCAAUGUACGGCGGUUUAUGUGCUUUAGCAACAUUCGAUAGACACGAAUUACAAAAAAACGUCAUCUUUAGUAGUUCAUUCAAAUUAUUUUUGGAAUUAGAGCCUCAAUUGAGAGAUAUAAUAUUUAAAUUUUACGAAUCAAAAUACGCUUCAUGUUUAAAACUUUUGGAUGAAAUUAAAGAUAAUUUAUUAUUGGAUAUGUAUAUCGCCCCUCACGUUAACACUUUGUAUACGCAAAUAAGAAACAGGGCUUUAAUACAAUAUUUUAGUCCGUAUUUAUCAGCGGAUAUGCGGAAAAUGGCCACGGCUUUUAAUCGAACCGUUCCUGCUUUAGAAGAUGAAUUAAUGCAACUUAUUUUGGAUGGGCAAAUUCAAGCGAGAAUCGAUUCUCAUAAUAAGAUUUUAUUUGCUAAAGAUGUCGAUCAGAGGAGUACUACUUUCGAGAAGAGCUUACAAAUGGGGAAGGAGUAUCAAAGAAGGACGCGUAUGUUGAUUCUAAGAGCUGCAGUUUUAAAGAAUAAAAUUCAUGUUAAGAGCCCACAAAGAGAUACGACAAGUCAAAGUACCGAUUUAGCUGUAGCUUCAGGUACAACUUCAGUUAUUUCAGCGAGGAAUUAAAUGAGUGUAUUUUUUCCAAGUUUAUUUUUUGUUUGAAUUUAACGUUUAUGUUAAGGAGAAAUGAUUAAUUAAAAGACGUUUUCUUUGAUAAUACCUUGUAUUAUUAUUAUUAUUACUGUAAAAUCAACAAUAAAAUCAUUUUUUUAUACAUUUAACCAACGAUAGGAUUACUAAUAAUGUACAACUAUGUACAAUGUAGCGCUUUUUCUCUUCCACAAUUUUUCUGUAACGAUUCGUAUCACAGUGUAUUAAAUACAAAAUAAUCCAAUAAAAUUUAACUUAAAUAAAAAA